AUGCAUCUCUCUUUGGCCUUAUGGCUGAUGCCUGUCGUUGUCCUUGCAUGUGUUGCGAGUGCUUUGGAGGACAUCACCUCAACACACACCUUUGUGGACAAGCAAAACAAUGACCCUGAUUUAAGGAUCUUGCGUGCCUACGACAGCGUGAUUGAAACUGGUGAAGAGAGAGUCAACUUGCGAAAAACGGCAAACUCACUCGUCGAGUCUGCUAAGCUGAAGUUUUUUUGCUGA